CGCGAUGUCGCGAGUCCACGUCGAUUGGUAACAGCAGAGCCUCGCUUCGAAGGAGCACUUUUCAAGCAAGUACCCUCCAAGGGCCCGGUCUGCUCGACGUCGACAACUGUAUACGAUAUCAAUUCCAUUCAACUGUCAAAUAUUAUUUUCUCAUCCACAUCCUUUCGGUACAGAGCCCCGCCAUCACUAACACACAAUCGCGACACUUCCAAGCCGGAAAGUGAACACUCCCAUGGACAUGAGCUAGCAACCUCCUAACCUCCCAACCUCCAACCAAUUCGCCACAGUCUUUAUAUAUUCCCCCGUGCCGCUGCCUCGUCAUGACGCAGGCCUGGCUGGACUCUUUGUCGGAGGACUGGGUCUCACAACCGCCAUCAGAGGCGUCCCCUCCUAGCCAAGCAGCUUCUCAGAACGCAAAGGAGAAUACCACAGCACCAUCAAACCCGAAGAUCAAUGGCAGCCGAAUCCCGCGUCUUAAUCUUGGUGGCAAGAAAUCCCACACAACGUCGAACGACAACAGUAGCAAUAUCCUCAGCGAGCGGAGUCUGAACGAUAUCAACUUGCUGAGCUCUCGGCGCGCGCCCUCGAAACUCUCGCAAGAGAUCCAGCCACACGACGGAGGCAGAUAUGCCAGUCGGUCAGUAUCAUUGGCGACUUUGAACUCGGUGGUGCGCAACACUGUCAACCACAGGGCUUUAAGCACCUCGCCCAUUCGGACCCAUGGCCAGACUCCAGAAUGGAAGCGUCGAUUGGUUUACGGGGACCUGUCUUUGGGAGAACAGCGUGAUCUGUUCACCUCCGCAGGUGUAGUCUUGGAGAACAUCUUCAAACCCCCGCCGGCGCCAGAGGUGCCCGCCUUGGAGCCGCCUGAUGAGGAAGAUCCAAGCGUGCAAUAUGAAGAUACAAUGUCGUCCAGCCCCCCGAUACGCACGAGAGAUCCUUCGACGGUGGAAAUCCACGUGGACGAGUCGGCUGCUGAGGAUCCUCCCGAUCUGCCUGAGCUACCUGAGACAAGGUCACCUACGGCAAUGAGAUAUAGGAGGACAGAGGAUUCUGUCGAAGCUGACUGGAACGGUGACCAGUCCAUCCCGUCAGAACUCGAGCACAAUGACCAGGAUCCUCGAGAGAUAUCUUCGGCUUUCAUCAGCCAAGGAGAGCAGGGCAGCGGCCAGUUGCGAAAGGUCAGCGGUCAAACCGACAUAAAUGAGGACUUCAGCCCGAUCCUCAUUUCCCGCCACAAUGCCGGCGACGGGAGGACGACCUUCACUCCUAUGGAAGUCCCACCCGGCGAACUACGAAAGCGCUUAGAAAACUUGCGCCGAAACCAAAUGCUCAUGAUCCCAGAGACCAACAGCAGUCCGAGCGGGAAACAACCCCGAAAAGAGAGCAAUGCGUUCUGUGUCGACAAUACCGAGGAUUGUGAGAGGCUUGGAGGCUUCAUCAAUCUUCGUAGAGGAGGUCGAUCUGCCGAUGGAUCUUUUCGCGACCAUCUUCUGAGUUCUGCGCUCAACGAUACGUCAGAACUUCCCGAAGAGUCUCUCCAAGCAAGUACACCAAAGCAAUUCCCAACCCUCAGGAUGGAGAAGUGGGAUAGCUUUGGGGCCGAGCCUAAGAGUCCGCCAUUCCCACUAGCACCACAUCCCAGUCCAGAAAAGAGACGGGACCAGACCCAGAGCAGCUCAGGCAGCCCCCUGAAACUGUUCCAACCAUACGACACAUUCACAAACCAGACGCUUCUCAGGAGACUUAGCCAAUUUGAGGACCCCAUGUCAGACGAGUCCCGGUCGGCGGGCUUGCAAUCGGCUGAGCCGAGCAUGCGAGAGGCACAUGCUUAUCCCGAAUAUGGCACCGAUUCCGUGGCAGCCCCGGCCCAGCGGAAAGAUAAGGCUCCAGCUGAACCUCUUCGACAGUCGUCAGUGUCUGUCAGCCAGUUUGGAGCUGGGGAUCUUGACGGCUACGAGUUUGACGACGAGGUUUCGUAUAAUUCCAACCAAGACUCGGCCGUGGAUGGAAGGACAGGCGACUUUGAGACCGAAGAAGGCUCCAUCCAGGGGCCAAGACAGCGCAUCUUUGAUAUCACUCAUCACUCGUCACCACCGGACGUAGAGACAAUGAUUAACAAUAGACGGCGGCAGAAGUCGAUAACGUCGGUCUCAUCCCAACGGUCAAGCCAGAUGCGGUCGGGCCUUGGUGGCCACAGGAGGCACGGACACGGUGAAUCGCUCUCCAUCCCGGAUAUUGACUAUGUGGUCUCUACUCCGGUGCGAGGAGACGCAGCAUUUGAGGGCAAGCGGCCGAGAACAACGCCAGCCAAAGAUCCGACACCGAAACGCAGGAGGACUCUUCAUAAGUCGGACAUCGCAUAUGCUGCAGAGGGCCUAUCCGCGGCCAUCGAGAGUGCGCAGUUAUCACAUCAACAGAUGCAAUCCAUCAUCGGCAGAAAGCGCAAGGACGCACGUCACGGCGAUAUGCAGCAACUGGCGAACCCCGGCGUGCUCGCAGCCCGGCAACUGCUGCGUCCCCGUACCCCAACCCCUAGUCAGAGGUCUUCGGUUCAACGCGAACACGCCCCGUUUGCCGGGGACGAGAAUCUGCCGCCAGGGCGAUCCUCACAUAAGGCAACAACUCCAGGUCCCCUUGCGGCCGGCGCUUCCUUGGACACCAACCGCAAGCCGUCGAUCAAGACGGAAGAUUUCAUCAACGAGGCAAACAAGAUUAUGGCCAUGAUCCGGAGCAAGGCGGGCUUGGCAAGUGGUCUUGCUAGUGUCGAGGAAUCCGAGUCAGAGAAUAUCCACCAGCAAGACCUCGAGGAAGAGGAUUCGUUCCGGGAGUCGACCAGGGAACCUUUCUCACGACCACCGAGCAGGGAAGGUCGCCCGCCUCCUCCGAGGAUGCCGGCGAGACAGGAGGACCCCGAGAUCGCCCUGCGCCUCAAGAAAUACGAGGAGGCUAGUGACAUGGGUGACAUUAUCAGCUCCUCGAUGCGGUCCCUUGGGCUUGCCCGAGAUGCUCUUCGGGAGGCUCAGGAGGUCAACCUGCAAGUCAAGGAAACUCUGAAUGCCAAUGCAGCCCACCCCUUCAUGGAAGAUGGCGACAUUGUUAGCGAUCCUCCCAAUAUCCGCCUCUCACACAACCCCGACCGCCUUGGCAAACGAUCGACUGAAAGCCUGAGGGAUACUUUCCCUUCAAAUGCUUCGGGCGUUUCAUCGGGCAACUCUACCAAUAGGUCUAUCCCUACCGGAUCGUCACGAGGCUCAGAUUCAAGGAAGGUAAUUGCCCCAGAGAGUGUCGAGCACUUGAUCCCGGAUAAGGUGGGAAACAUGUUCCUCGAUAGGCAGCGCAAUAUCUGGAUCAAACAGAAACAGGCCGGGUCGUCAAGGAGCAGCAAGCAAACGUUUUUGCCUUCUGAAGGUAGUGAAGAUGAUCCAUUCGCGGGGAUUCCGGAUCUGACGGUGGAUAUGACCAUGGAGCUUCAAAACCUGAGGGCUCUAGCUGCGAAGGAAGAGCAAGAAGCCCGAGACGCUCUGGACGCCCAGGGCGAGGCACAAGCCCCACCAAGUCCUUCCAUGACGCAGGAUCCAACGGAUUCCCCAAAGCCCCACGCUCCAGCCAGUCCGUCGAAGAGCCCCUUGAAAGGGACCAUGAAUAAGCCGCCAACUCCCGUCCACCCCACAGUACAUCAAGACCUGGACGAUACAGCUGGAUCUCCUCGCCGUGUCAAUGAGGCGUUGAAAGCGGUGCAAGAGGAAGAGGUCGAACACGAAAUAAGCAUCUUCGAGGAUCGUACCGCCACCCCGAAGCGAAGAAAUCUGACGAUUACUUUCUCGUCGCCCAUUGCCUCCAUCAUUCAGGACCUUGCCGGUGCAGUCGAUACAGCAACCGAGGAAAGCAGCUUCGCGGAUCAGUCUGCCGACAUUUCCCAUGGUUCAAUCAGCCGCGGGCGCCGCAAGGCUUCCGUCAUCCCCAACGGCAAAGGAGCCUCUUCGAGACCCCGCAGCGGUUCGACACCCGCGGCGACACGAACGCGAAAAAUAUCGGUCAGGGGCAAGGCCUUUGUGCCCCGCCCUGUCUCCAGAAUCGACGAACAAGAUGAGGGCACUGACAAUAGCCACGGCACUGUUUGUCGCCAAUCGAACAAGCUCGAGGUCAGCAUCCUUGGAGACCAGAGUGUCGUUGAUCGAACAGACGAUCAGCGCGGAAACAGCCUCAGCUUCGUCGUUACGACUCCAGCACGCAGCAGAGACUGCCCCGCUGUAAAUGCCGAUGCUGCUCCCAUCAUCAGCCAAUAUGUCGGAACAUUCUCACUCAGCCCCCUCUCCGAGUUCACCAUGAACCAUGGCGAACAAUCGUUGCCCUUGGAAGUGAGUUAUGUUGUUGACGACCAUCACCUGGUCACGGGCGAUCACGCCAGGCGGGUGCUGUCCAUGAAUGCACGAGACCUGGUACAGAAGCUUGCAGAGGUAGAACCUUUUGAGCCUUACUGGGAAGAUAUGCGCGAGCUGGAUGUCUGUGAGAAGCGGCUGGAAAGCCUGUACGCCCUGGAUGAGUUCUGCGGGCGCCUUGAGAGCCUCGACGCCUCGAACAACCAGAUCAGAAACCUCGGCGGCAUACCUAGCAGCGUUCGUCAGCUCCGGAUCGCCCAUAACUGCUUGACCAGUUUGACAGCGUGGGAUCACCUGUGGAACCUCCAAUACGUGGAUGUUUCGAACAACGAGCUCACGAGUCUUGCGCCGUUCAGGAGCCUUGUACAUCUUCGCAGUCUACGGGCCGAUAACAACCAACUCACCAGUAUUGAUGACAUCAAAUACCAUGAUGGACUGCAGGUAUUGCGGGCCCGUGGGAAUGCGAUCGAGGAAGUCGACUUUGAGGGGACGAGGUUGCAUCGGCUUACGGAGCUCGACCUGAAGGGCAACAGGAUUAGACGGCUGAACAACAUGGACCAAUUAUCCUCUCUCGGUACUCUGAACCUCGAGGACAACCAGCUGGAGACCCUGGCAAUCGACACCGAGAAGCCAUUCUCGUCACUCAAGUAUCUCGCCCUGAGCAACAAUGGCCUGACAAGCAUUGACCUUAAGUCCAUGCCGAACCUCCGCCUUCUACAUGCCGAUCGGAACUGCCUCAGCCAGUUAUCAGGCUUCUCUCGGGCUCGUCGGCUUGAUAGUCUCUCCUUGCGAGAGCAACGAUGCGAACAUCCCCUCGAUCUGUCAUUUCUGUCCAAGGCAUAUGAGGUUCGCAAGCUCUACCUUUCUGGCAACCUCCUGGCGAACUUCAGCCCCCAGGUUGACUUCCUCAACCUGCAACUCCUCGAGCUAUCCAACUGCGGCCUUCGAUCAUUGCCAGAGGACCUCGGCCAGAUGAUGCCGAACUUGCGGGUCGUGAACCUCAACUUCAACGCAAUCUCGGACCUUGGGCCCCUGCGAUUCAUCCCCCGCCUGAAGAGAGUCCUUGCCGCCGGAAACCGGCUGAACGACUCGGCAUCCGUCAUCGACAUCCUAGCGGAAUUCCCACAGCUCACGACCGUGGAUCUCCGAGACAACCCGAUAACCCAGGGCUUCUACGCGCCCCUGCAAGCCCUCGUGCGACAGGGCGAAGAGGCGGCGGCGGACGCAGUCAACCCGUUCACGCUACCCGGCGGCGACGCGGAGCGGGACGCCACGUACUCGCGCCGGCUCGACCUGGAGACGCGGAUGCGCAGGAGGCUGUACGAGCAGGUGUUUGCCGACUCGUGCGGCAGGCUGAGGACGCUCGACGGCCUCCCCCUUCGGAGGGACGUGGGGGAGCUCAGAGACGCCGUGUGGGCUGCUCUCGCGACCCAGGGGCUCGUGGUCAGCGAGGACGGGUCCCGGGUCGACGUUGCGGAGUGUAACGGCCGGGUUGAAGAGAGCCGUUGGGAGGCGGAGAACAGUUUUGCAUGAAUUGUGUGUGUGUCUUGCUUCUGGUUCCCUGAUUUUUUUUUGUUUGUUUUACGAUCGGAACUCAGGGGAGGGGAAGGCGUCUUUGGCUCGAAUAUCUGUCUUGGGAUAUUCAUUAAGAGGGACUGGGAACCAGGGUAAUGAUGGAUGCAUGACAAAAGUUAUUGUACGAAUAAGCAAAUAAGAGCAUAGAGGGGCGUACCUUCCUUCUUAAUGAGACC